GGGAGAUCAUGAAGAAGGGGAGGGGAAGCGAGUAGUGGGAAGCCAGGAGGAAAACAUUAGCUUUCGUUUGUUCCAAUAGUUUGGAGAUUUGGUCUGAUUAUUCCCAGGACGCAGCGCACCUCUCCAGGACGCACGAUUAGGAUGAUGGAUAGAUAGCAGAGGGAAGACGAGGAAGAGAAGAUGUCGUUCUUUGGCCUGGACUGUGCCAGGAAGAAAGAGAGAGAGUUGGAGAGGAGACUCCGUGCUAACGACCGAGAGUACAACCUUUCUUUUCGAUACGCUACGAACGCCAUCAAGACCUCCAAGUACAACGUCUUCACAUUUCUACCCCUCAACUUGUUUGAACAGUUUCAGAGGAUCGCAAAUGCCUACUUCCUGUUCCUGCUGGUGCUACAGGCCAUUCCUCAGAUCUCAUCUCUGUCCUGGUUCACCACUGUCGUGCCUCUUCUCCUCGUGCUGACGGUCACUGCUGCCAAAGAUGCCACAGACGACAUUAAUCGCCACAGGAGUGACAAUCAAGUCAACAACCGGAAAGUCAAAGUCCUCAUUGAUAGAAAGCUACGGAGUGAAAAAUGGAUGGAAGUCCAAGUGGGAGACAUCAUCAAGCUGGAAAACAACCAGUUUGUCACAGCCGACCUCCUCUUGCUCUCCAGCAGUGAAUCGAUGAACCUGGUGUACAUCGAGACAGCAGAGCUGGAUGGAGAGACUAACCUGAAGGUGAAACAGGCCCUGCCGGUGACAGGAGACCUGGGGGAUAAUAUUGAAAAACUGGCAGGCUUUGACGGCGAGGUACACUGUGAAGCCCCCAACAACCGCCUCGACCGCUUCACAGGAACGCUAACUUUCGCCGGUCAGAAAUAUUCACUGGACAAUGAGAAGAUCCUGCUGCGAGGCUGCACCCUGAGGAACACAGAGUGGUGCUUUGGACUGGUGCUGUUUGGAGGUCCGGAGACCAAGCUGAUGCAAAACUGUGGCAAGACAACAUUCAAGAGGACCAGUGUAGACCGUCUGAUGAAUGUCCUCGUCCUCUGUAUUUUUGGUUUCCUGGCCUUCAUGUGCGCCAUCCUGGCCGUAGGAAACUGCUUCUGGGAGCUUAACGAGGGCUCGGAGUUCACAGUCUUCCUGCCGAGGCAAGACAACAACGAUGCUGGCUUCUCUGCCUUCCUCACUUUCUGGUCCUACGUCAUUAUCCUCAACACUGUGGUGCCCAUCUCUCUCUAUGUCAGUGUGGAGAUCAUUCGGCUGGGGAACAGUUACUACAUCAACUGGGACAGGAAGAUGUAUUACCCUCGCAGCGACACUCCUGCCGAAGCUCGCACCACCACGCUGAACGAAGAGCUCGGCCAAAUCAAAUACGUCUUCAGUGACAAAACGGGGACACUCACCCAGAAUAUCAUGAUCUUCAACAGGUGCUCCAUCAACGGCAAAUCGUUCGGUGAGGUGUACGACUUCACAGGCCAAAGACUAGAAAUUAAUGAGUAUACAGAGAAAGUGGAUUUCUCCUUCAACCCACUGGCGGACCCUCGCUUCGCAUUCCACGAUCACGCCCUUGUGGAGGCGGUGAAGCUGGAGAACCCAGAGGUCCACUCCUUCUUUAGACUGCUGGCCCUCUGCCACACUGUCAUGGCCGAGGAGAAGAAAGAAGGUGAGCUUUUCUACCAGGCCCAAUCUCCAGAUGAGGGAGCGUUGGUAACAGCGGCCAGAAACUUUGGAUUUGUCUUCCGCUCACGUACGCCGGACAGCGUUUCCAUCGUGGAAAUGGGAAAGCCAUGCACCUACGAACUCCUGGCCAUCCUGGAUUUCAACAAUGUUCGCAAGAGGAUGUCGGUCAUAGUUCGGAGUCCAGAGGGAAAGCUUUUUCUCUACUGUAAAGGAGCAGACACGAUCAUCUAUGAGAGGCUGCAUCAGUCCUGCAAAAAGCUGAUGGACGUCACCACUGAGCACCUUAACGAGUUUGCAGGGGAAGGCCUGCGGACACUGGCCCUGGCCUAUAAGGAUCUGGAUGAGGAGUAUUUUCGCCAGUGGAAAAAGAGACACCAUGAGGUCAGCACUGCACUGGACGACCGGGAGGAGAAACUGGAACAGCUGUAUGAAGAGAUUGAGAAAGAUCUACUGUUGCUGGGGGCAACAGCCAUAGAGGACAAGUUACAAGACGGAGUACCUCAGACUAUUGAGCUGCUGGCCAAAGCCGACAUCAAAAUCUGGGUUUUGACUGGUGACAAGCAAGAAACUGCAGAAAACAUUGCUUACUCAUGCAACUUACUGCGGGAGGAGAUGGAUGAGAUCUUCAUCGUCGCCGCCAACUCACCUGAUGACGUCAGACAGGAAUUGAGAAAUGCACUAACCUCCAUGAAACCAGGUGCACCAGAUGAUUCGGUGUUUGUGCGAGGGAGGACUCUGGGUAAAGGUGUGAAAGCAGUCAGAGACGAGGAGGUAAACGGAGAGUAUGGCCUGGUUAUCAACGGACACAGCCUGGCGUACGCCCUGGAGAGUAGCAUGGAGCUGGAGUUCCUGAGGACGGCGUGUAUGUGCAAGACAGUGAUCUGCUGCAGAGUUACGCCCCUGCAGAAGGCGCAGGUGGUACAGCUGGUCAAGAAGUACAAGCAGGCAGUCACACUGGCCAUAGGAGAUGGAGCCAAUGAUGUCAGCAUGAUUAAAGUGGCCCACAUAGGCGUGGGUAUCUCAGGUCAGGAGGGCAUGCAAGCCGUGCUGUCCAGCGACUACUCCUUCGCCCAGUUCCGCUUUCUGCAGCGCCUUCUUCUGGUGCACGGCCGCUGGUCUUACUUGCGUAUGUGCAAGUUCCUGCGCUACUUCUUCUACAAGAACUUCACCUUCACCUUGGUCCACUUCUGGUAUGCCUUCUUCUGCGGCUUCUCAGCCCAGACGGUGUACGAUGAGUGGUUCAUAACUCUCUACAAUCUGGUGUACACAGCAUUGCCGGUAUUGGGAAUGAGUCUGUUUGAUCAGGAUGUGAGCGACGUGUGGAGUUUCCAGCACCCAAAGCUUUACAACCCGGGUCAAGUCAAUGAUUACUUCAGCAAGAAAACCUUCUUCAAGUGUGCCAUUCACAGCUGCUACAGCUCCUUUAUGCUCUUCUUCGUCCCUUAUUUUGCCAUGCACGACACAGUGAGGGACGACGGGAAGGAUGCUGCCGACUACCAGUCCUUCGCCCUCAUCACCCAGACCUGCCUGCUCUUCGCCGUCAGCAUCCAGUUGGGGUUGGAGAUGUCCUACUGGACGGCGGUUAACACCUUCUUUGUUUUGGGCAGCCUGGUCAUGUACUUUGCUGUCACCUUCGCCAUGUACAGUAACGGCAUGUUUCUCAUGGUGCCGUCAGCUUUCCCUUUCAUAGGCACAGCGCGGAACUCUCUGAACCAGCCGAAUGUUUGGCUCACAGUCCUCCUCACCUCCUUCCUGUGUGUCCUUCCUGUGAUCACCUAUCGCUUCUUAGCGAUUCAGCUCUGCCCCACCAUCAACGAUAUGGUGAUGUUUAAGGUGAGACAGGCCAAAGCGAAACUUCCGCCUCCAUCUCGGCGCACCCGCAUCCGCCGCACCAGCACCCGCCGAUCAGGCUACGCGUUCUCGCACGCGCAGGGCUACGGGGACCUGAUAACGUCAGGCCGACUUCUACGGCGUCCUGCUGUGUCACGCUCUUCGGGUUUCACGGGUCGAACCACCACAGGCUUCAGCCCCAUGGGACGAUCAGCUGGAUACAGCCCGACAGCUCGCCCCCAGAAUGUCAAGACGCAGGAUGUGGAGGCGACCUCGCUGCAGAUGUACAGAACUAUCGAAGAGCCUGCCCUAUGAGGGAUCGGACAAACAGAGCACAGGGUUAAAAACCAUGUCAGAAAGACUAGCGGAGCAGAUCUGGGAACAGGAAUGACAUGCCACUUGAAGAGCUGAUUGCUUAAAGCUCUUUGCUCAGACUUUCCAGAGAGUUUCCUAUCGAUGGUCAUUUUCUUCUUCACUUUUCCUUUAAACCUUUUUUUUAUCAAAGGGAACUACUACAAAACGUGUAGCCACUUUCACGUAUGAAUCACUUCCAUCCAUUAUCAUAUAAAUAGAUGGUAAAUGAAAAUGAACUCUUCCCGACUCCAGAAACAGUAACAGGGACAAUCGUUUUUGGAUGUAAAGGGAAACAUGUUCAUGUCAAGAGAAAGGAUGAAGUGUCAUCAUGUUUACAGACUCCCCAGACUUUCUUCACCUUGGGAGUCCAGAUUCAAAGCAGGGCUUUCUACAGAGGAUAUAACCAGCAAAGCCAUGCUCGAAAAAAACAUUUUAGUUUUGUACCUUUAGUGUCUUUUUAAAGCGUCGUAUUUUACUAUCUUGAAAGCUGUACAAGCAGUUAGCACUUUGACAUUGUUGGCCCAUCCAGCUUUUGUUGGACAUUUGUUUGUACAGUAUGUUUUGCUUUUGUGACGUUAUCACUUUCUGUGUGCUAAAAAAAAAAUCAUGCCAGUUGAAUGAAUGAAUUUGGGGAAAUAAAACUAGUCGAAGAGGAUGCCCUUCUGUGGGGCACAUCCUAUUUUUCCAUAACACUUAAAAAAGACGGGCUAUUUAAAUCACAAUCUUCAGUACCACUGUGUAAAUGGACAUGAUUUAUACUUCAAUGGUUAAUAAAUGGUAGUAAUUGCAGUGGGCUUUUUAUGUAUUAGAUAAAUAAAAUCAUCCUUUUUUUGGCUUUACAAACAAGAAAUAAAAUAUAUAGAAUAAUAAAAUAUAAGUAAGAAAACAUUUCGGACUGCCAGGGUUUGAAAGCUUACUUUUUUAGAUCUAAUAUAUCCUCCUCUAGCUCUUCAGUGCAUAUUGACAAAUUGGAACAUGAGAAAAACUAUAAUCCUUUAAUCAUAACAGCGGAUUUGUUUGCUUCUUAGAAAGACAGUCAGGGAAGUCAUUUUUUAUGUUUUUCACAACAAGUAAUUAAUAACUGGUGUCCUGCAUUACAGUAAUCCAUCAAGUAUGCAGUUUAAUAAUCUGCAUUUCUACUAAUAAUAUUCGAAGCUAUUUAUUAUAGUACCUGCAAAUGACCUGCAUGCACAAUGGGUUAGUUUUCCUGUAUGAUAAAUUAAAGCACUAGGAGCAAAUUAUGCUGGAGGAGGAUAUUCAUCGUCUAUCCAUACUCAUUUAAUAGAUCCUAACCCAUAAAGGUGCAUUGGGUGGAAGUUAGGGUGCAUCCUGAACAGGUUAUUAGUCAAUCACAGGGCUAACAUCUAUCUUAUAUACAGACAACUACUCAUACCUAUAGACAAUUUAUAUAGUCACCAGUUAACCUGAGCUACAUGUCUUUGAACUUGAAUUUUUCACAACCUGGCAACCCAAAAGUUUAAUCUUUUUAUUGGUUUAUUUCUGAUCUGUCUUUUAAUUAAGGAUUAAUGAAUUAAAAACUACCAAAUAUUUUAUAAAAGUAGUACCAAAUCUUCUGUAGUGCAGCUUUAAUACACCCAAGUAAUGUUCAAAAUGUGCUUCAGUGUUUCGGUCUAUAGGGUUUACAUUUUGAGUUAUAAUUAUCACAACUGAGAGACCCUUUUUUUUUGCUCUACUGUAUUAAAAUGGGCGUGCAUGUAAUCACAUUGUGUCCAGAUCCAGUUCAGAGUUAUUGUAUAUAUUGACAACAGAAUGUGUCUCAAACUCUUCUUGCCCACUUCAGACCAGAUUUAUAGCAUUUGGCAGUUAGAUUUUUUCUAUGAUUGCUUGAUUUUUCAACUUGUCAAAGAGUGUAAAAGAGGUAAACUGCGCUGUGUAGUGACUAAUCUUGAAUCCAGGUUGUUGGGUAUAGGAAAACCAACCAUAUCUACUUGUGUCUGGGAGGUUUAUCGUACUUGUACACGUGCUACAGA